CAGACGCCGACGGCUGACUUGACAUCGUAUGAAUGCGCCAUGGCUGAGCCGGAGGCGCCAGAGCCGGGCAAGGAGGAGUUCCACCUCAGCUGCAAGGCCUUCAAAGGCCAGGAGGCGCAGCAGAUCCAGAAGUGGCUGCAGACGCAGGUGCAGGUGAGCGUGGAGAAAGUCACCAAGAAGAGGCCCUGGAACUUCGCCUUCGUGGCGGUGGCCGACGCCUCGAAGCUCCUCACUGACGGCCUCGCCUUCAAGGAGGCCGCCGUGCAGGUGCGCUCCAGCAAAGAGGCAAAGCCCCAAGCUGCGAAGCGUCACGCGGACAGCGAGUCCUUGCCGGACGCCAAGCGGCAGAAGGGCGGGGAGAAGAUCCCGAUCCUCAAAGAGCUGAGGGAUCGCAUCAAGAACACGAAGCGCAGCUUUGAUGGCGAUGCGCUUGAGAAGAGCGCGCCCCUGAUGCGGUGGGACUACGACACGCAGCUGAAGAUGAAGCAUGGCUACGUGAAGACGGCGGUGCGGUCCUUCACAAAGCUGGCGCUGAAGCGCUGCGAGAAGCUGGGCCGAGCUGUUCCUCCCUGGUGCGCGAAGGAAUGGUCCCAGGCACUUGGGGCUCCACAGCACUGCUGCUGUUUGCUGGACCCACCAGUGGGGGCACCGGAGGAGAGCCUGCGGGGUUGGCGCAACAAGUGCGAGUUUACCAUUGGACGCAACGAGGCUGGAGCCAUCGAGGUUGGCUUUAUCCUCAAGAUCCAGUCGGAUGGUUCCCAGGUGAUUGGGAGUGUGCAGGAGGUGCCGUUGGUGCCAGCUUGCAUGCAGCGCCUGUGCCGGGUGGUUGCAGACUUCGUAGCCAAGUCAGACUUCCCCGUCUACGACCGCAGGGAGUGCAGCCGCCGGGGGGUUUGGCGCACGGUGCUGGCGCGGGUGAACCCGGCGGGGGACAUGCCGGGCGCCCUGGGCGAGGGAGCCGAGCUGGUGAUGGUGCAAACCACCACCCUCUCAGAGGAGGACAGGCAGCGCUUUGUGACGCCUUUGGUUGCAGAGCUGACCAAAGACAUGGGUGUCACCUCGGUCUUUUUGCAGUUCAACGACGAGGUCACUGACGCAGCCCGUGCUAGUGCAGUCGUGACUCACGUGCACGGAAAGCCCAGGCUGGACAUGCCGAUGCUGGGCCUGAAGCUGGAGGUGGGUCCGCUGUCAUUCUUCAACCCAAACACCACGACCUGUCGAUUCCUUAUGGAGACAGCUCUCGCGUAUCUCAACCUCAAGCAGACAGAGGUGCUGCUGGACAUCUUCUGCGGCAUCGGCACCAUUGGCCUUUGCGCAGCGCGGCACUGCGGCAAGGUGAUUGGCGUCGACAUUGUGGAAGAAAACAUCCAGGAUGCCAGGCGCAAUGCUGAGCAGAACGGUAUCUGCAACACGGAGUUCUUAGCUGGCAAGGCCGAGGAUCUGGUGCCCAAGAUCCUGGGCGACAUGGAUAGCACCAGCGAGGUGGUCGCGGUGGUGGAUCCCUCCCGCGCAGGCUUACACCCGCGGCUGGUGGACAUCCUCCGGGGGCGCAUGCAGGUGUCGCGCAUUGUCUACAUCAGCUGCAAUGCUGAGAGCAUGGCAGAGGAUGUGGCGAAACUGGGUACCUCGACGGAGGAGGAGGCGGACGACUUUGUUCCUACGCGGACCGUGGCGGUGGACUCCUUCCCCCAAACGGUGCACGUGGAGGCCAUCCAGCUUCUGGAGCGAGCCUCCCGAGUGCCGGACCCCAGGACGAAAGCGCCGCCGGCCGCUGCUUGAGCAGGA